GGGGACGUGGGCGGAGCGACGCUGUGAGGUCCAGGUGGUCGCGUCUGCGUAAAGACGCACCGACGGAACGGCCGCAGGACGUCAGAAGAGACGAGCGACCGGACGCACUCGGCUCCCGGAGCCUCUCUGAAUGAAGAAGCUGUUCAUCGGUGAACGGCUCCGAACUUGUUGCUGGAGGAACAACCGCUAAGGGAGGAAACGCGCGUCGGCGGCGCCCGGAGACGCGGAGGCGAGCUUUGAACCGUGGGCUUCCACGCAGGACGGGGCGGCUCGGUUCGGCCGCGAGUGGAGCUAUGUUCAGGAAAAGCAAGAGCAAAGUGCUGGUGGAGUAUGCGUCGGAGGAAGACGACGUGUCCUGGCACUGUCACCGCUCCCGCAAGAACAAGGACAUAGAAGGAGAGGAAGAGGAGGAGGAAGCUGUCAGCAGCGUAUCCAAGGAGGCCAAGGUGAAGAAGAUCAUGUCAAAGAAGGAGCGUCGGGAGAAGAAGAUGUUCUCCUCCAAAGACGAUGAACACUUUCUAUUGACAGGCGUGAAGGCGGCUGACCGCAGAGGGUCUCACAAGAAAAUCAAGGAUGACGAGAAGGAGAAGGAAAAGAAGGACAAGCCAGAGAAGGGCUCCUGUUUCUGGGAGAGCGUCACCACGACGAUGAGGCAGAUCUCGCCUUCGAAAAAGGCCGAGAAGAUCGAGGGAUGGGACCCAGCGGAGGCGGCCACAGACGAGGACCUGGGUGAGAAGAGCCCGAAGGAGGACUCGCAGGUGCCCUUCCCCGACCCCCUCGGCGUCCCCUUAGAACUGGCCUCCUGGGGGGGGCGGGGCCUGGAGGAGGACUCGUCCCGCUACGCUAACCUGUCGGACUCCAAGGACUCCACGGCGGGCGUCAGGUGGACGGCUCGCGCCAAGGUCAAACUGGCCGGCAUCAGCAGGAUUAGCAGAGGGAUCGCGUCGGAGAGCGCGUGGGAGGGCUUCAAAUAGGAGACGACCACGCUCCCUCCUCACCUGUGCACCAUCAACAACAAAUGAAGACCUGACCACAACGGCCCGCUUCUCUCUGUAGUUAAUGUGGUUGAAAUCUGCUUUAUCGCUGGCUCCAAACGCACCACAUUCAUAUCAAGCUUGUUCUCUAUCUGUAACGAAAGACAAAAUACCCAUGUAGCUUCACCACUAGCAUUAACUGUAAAUGACAACUUGUGAAUGCCUUAAACUACUGUAACCAUGGUAACUGUGACACCCGCUGGCCUGGAAUUAAGAUAUUUUAUAAAUUUUAUAUUGCCAACAUUUGAAUAAAACAAUUCACAGAUAAAAUCAGUGGGACCUGGAAACUCGAAGCAUAACGCACACGUUGCAGUGUCUGAGAGAGUGGUGAUGUCCUGUUUAGAAAAUACCUUUAUAUGUUUAAUUAUGAGAUUGAAUGUUAAUAGAAUUUAUAUAUAUAAUGGUGAACAGUUUUGCACCAUCAAGUGCUUUUCUUAAGACUGACUGACGUUGUGUGUCAGAUUAUCCGAGUGCAAACCUGCCCUGCUCAUCACAGCAGACGUGCAGGUGCGGGUGGGUUGGAGCCAGCUCACACCUGUGCUGAGUUUACCCGGUUUCCAAUUACACGCCGGGGUGUUCAGACAGCAGCGAGUUCGCCAGCAGGACCCGUGUCUGUAUGCUGCGUUGCAAAAAGCAGCUGAUCACUUGGAAAAUCUGCUUUUUGCACAGGACAGAAACGAUAAACAGCAAUUUCACUUUCGCAAUGAUUUGAUUAUUCUUUUCCAUGAAUAAGAAAUGUUAAAAUUCCUGCUGCCA